CAAAAACCCUUUCACUCGCCGGUCUUCUUCAACCCCACAAAAAACCUAACUUUCAGAACAGAACACUCUCCAGCAUGGCUCUCCAUCUCGCAAGACCUAAGCAUAGGUCCCUUGCUAAUCCUUCUCUCAUCCAUCUAUUCUCUACGUCUUCCACCGACCAAAAUCCUCCCAACGAUGCCGAAUCGGCCGGCAGUCCCGCUGGACCUUCUUCUCAAUCUUCAUUUUCUUCAUAUUUCAGUGAUGUCAAGGCCAGUCUCAAAGAGAGGCAGCAUCAAAAACCCCAACGUUCCUCCUCAAAUUCUGCCUCAAAUAACCCCACAAGCCGCAAAGUGGUUUCCCUCGAAGAAAUUCGUAAAAAUCUCUCUGAGUUCCGGCGACGAUCCACUGUGCCUUCCCCUACCGAAUCCAACUCGCAGCCCCACGUUUCCUUCCAAGAGCUCUACAAGAGAAACGUAAUUGCCAAGUCUGAGGGUUCCGGUGGAACUACAGCGGAUUCCGGGACCGGAAAAGGCGUGAGGACGUCGUUCGAAGCAAUAAGGGAAAGCUUGCGGCAGAUGAGGUUGAACACGGAGACUGGAAAUGAGAAGAAAGGACCACAGAAAGUGCCAUUGUCGUCUUUUAUGGACAGCUUGAGGCUGAAGCCGAAGGAUUCGCCGAAUAUGGAUUCUACGGUGAUAGGCGGAACGGAGACAUUGCCGUUUUCCGUGUUUGGAAAGGAAAUGAAGGAGAGGAAAGAUGGAGAGGGAGGGGAGGGGAACGAGGCUAUGAAGACCGAGUUUGUUAAGAUGUAUAGCUAUGGGGAAUUGGGGGAGAAGCUGAGGAUGUUGCGGCCGGAGACGAAGGGAGGGAAAGCAGGAAAACGGUGGUUUUCAUUGCAGGAGUUGAAUGAGAGGCUGAUCAAGUUGAGAGAGAUGGAGAAGAAGGAGACCGAGUCACGGAUAAGUGGGGUACCAUAUAAGGAUUUGAGGCUGUGCUUGGUGAAACUGAAGAAGUCUGAUGAAGAAAAGACUAAGAGAACUUCAAUUCAGAGAAUUGAUAUCUUGGGCCAGCUGGGUGGAACUCCAGACUUUAUGUUGCUUCCCCCUAAAGAGCAUCUGGUUGAAAAGUAUUUCCACCCAGAUAACAUGUCUUCUGCCGAAAAGAUGAAAAUUGAACUUACGAAAGUUAGAGAAGAGUUUAAGAUGUCUGAAUCAGAUUGCGGGUCUGCACGCGUUCAAGUGGCACAACUAACUACUAAGAUCAAGCAUCUAUCUUCAACACUACACAAAAAGGAUAAACAUUCACGCAAAGGUCUUCAAGGAAUGGUGCAGAAGAGAAAGAAAUUGUUGAAGUAUCUGCGACGAACUGACUGGGAUUCCUAUUGCUUUGUGAUUUCCAAACUUGGUCUUCGAGACAACCCAGAUUACAAGAACUAGAAAACUAUGUCGGGAACCCACCUACUUUCAGUUCCCCUAUCAUGGAUUUGGCCUUCGGACAGGAAUGAACCCUGUGGAAGCAUGCAAAAGGAGAACGAUAUCACACAAGAUUAACAAGGAAGAAGGGGGUAGCUCAACUUGGCUUAUUAGGCCCCUGGGAAGCUGGGUUGGUGGACUUCCUCCGAUUAUAACUAUUAUUACCAACACAACUGUUUUGCACUGUGUUGAAUGGAAAAUAUGAAAAUUGAAGAUUUUAGGUUGAAGUUAUUGAGUUGGAGGUUGCUAUCAUCAAGCCAAAUUGAUCUUGCAGUCACUAUUUUGUUAUUUUGUUAAAAAUUAAGUCUGAAUGAUAACAUGUGGAAGCUAAAUGGUAUCCUCCAGAGGCCAUAAGUGGCAUGAAUAUAAAUUGCUUUUUUCAGUUAAGAACAUGAGAUUCAUGUUGUGGGUGCUUUUUUCAGUUGUGAAGAAAGUUUCAGAGUUGGAAA